GCUGGACAGGGCAACAAUUCGACAUGAAACUUGGCUUGCAACACGUGUAGUCCUGCCCCUUUGCCUUCACCAACAAUUUGGCAGAAGAUACAAUCGGCACUCCACUAGUUUCGUGUCCUCGUUUUUGAAAGGUGAGAAAACAACGAAUUUCCGGGGUUUGAACUUGGCCCUCAACUGCGGCCUCGACAACAUGGCCACCAAUAGCAACAAAGGCAAGACGCUUCUAUCCCUCCUGUGUGGCGAUGAGUGGGCCUGGGAUCAGGGUCGGGUGUAUAGUCUGAAGUUCCAUGAGAAUGGUACCGGCGAGAUUACGGCCUGCCAAGAGUUGGUCAUAUUCAUUGCUGCAGAAUUCGACUGGGAGCCCUCGGGUACCACGCCUUCCUUGGCACAGCCCCUCGAACCUGACCACGACAACGGAACCGAGUUUGAUGUUCAGAUAACGUUGACGAAACGUCGGAUAGCCAAAAUACCCGAUCGGUAUAAGAUCAACGAGGAGAACCUGGAAGAGAGUGCUUUUCAGCCAAAGAAAUACAGGCUGCGGUUGGAGCAGGGCAUGUUCAUGCCAAAGGAACCGCCAGCAUGGCACCGGCUUCGUCUGGCGUUUAACCCGUCCCCAUACCCCACCCUGGACCACUGGAAAUGUAAGCGGGCCGCUGAGGCGAUUCGAUUCUGGGAAAUGGACACAUUCCAUAGCCAAAAGGUGCCUUCGAGAGAUGAGGGCGACGGCACUGCGGCGACGAAGGGAAGUUGACAGAGUCCCAACCCCUGCAAAUUCAUGUAGCAAUCCGGGCAGCUACUUAUGCACAGCCUCGGUAAUUCAUAGAAUGAGAAGCGAUGAUUUUCCUUA